GUCACGGGCGCGACGCGUUGCCAUGGAGGACGAGUGGCUGCUCGAGUCCCUGCGCCUGUACGAGGCGCUCCACACGUUCGAGCUCCAGGCGCCCACGCGCGUUAUCGAAUGGGCCCGAGGGAGCCGUAUCUGCGUGGCCGGGUACGGACACUCCGGCGGGAACGAGAUCCUGCAGCUGCUGCUGCCGCCGACGCUGCAGGCGAAGGAGACCCAGGGUCUGUGUCCAGAAAGAGAUUUCAAGGUGGAAUGCGGUGGAUUUUCGAGCCGCCCGGUGUACAGCCUGAAGCACGUGCCAGACACCAGCCUGUUGGUGACAAGUGGCCCCCCAGACAGUUCCCUCCAGGUGUGGCAGGUGUCAGCAGAGGAUUCUGAUGUUAUUAAAUCUGUAAGUUCCAUUUCCACCGAAAAUGGCACGGGGCAACCUUGGGCUAAAAUUGCAGCCACUUCUGCCCGAGCCCCGUGGGUUCUUCAUGGCUCAAGGCUCAACAACGUCCAAGUUACAGAGGUUGAAUCCAAGAAAAACGUCUACGUAGCAGCCUCCAGGAGCAGCGAGGAGCUCAGCGACGUGGCCUUCCUGGACUGCAACACGCUGCUCGUGUGCUGCGCCAAGGGGCAGCUGUGCCUGGCGGACACGCGGCAGCCGCAGGGGCCCUUGGAGGCCGGGGCCGUCCCCUYGGUGCCGUGCGGCCAGCGGUGGUGCAUGGGGGUCAGGCACGGCCCCCCAGGCCCUGCCCCGAGCUCCCGGCCCGUAGCUCGCCUCUCGAGCGCAGGGCAGCUCACGCUGACGGACCUAAGGAAGGUCUCCGAGCCCCUGGCCUGGGCCAAGUGCAGUGUCUCCUCUCCCAGCCCGAGCGCCGAGUUCCUGUGUGUCUCUUGGGCUCCUGCUCUAGAAGGCUGCCUUGCCGUUUCAGGUUUUGAUGGGACCGUACACGUCUAUGACACCCGGAGCUGGGAUGGCUCCGGCAGGGAAGCAGAGCCGCUCUUCGUCCACAAAGGCCACGUGUUCGGCGGACCCGAUGGCAGCGAAGGCCCUCCCGUGGUCACAGCGCACACGUGGCACCCCCAGAAACCCCGGACUUUGUUGUCAGCGGCCAGCGAUGGCUCCCUGCACAUUUGGGACUGGGUUCAGGCUCGUGAGAGCUGUGGGUAGAGGAAAUUUUGGGUGAGCCUCAGGGUGUUUCCUGUCGACGGUCUAGCCCGCACACGCCGCGAGAUUCCUGUUUACUUACAGAUGUAGCUAGCAGGCCCAAGUGUAACAGAUACUAUUUUAUACAGUCAGAAUUUUGAUUGUGUCACUUGUUCAGAUUGUAGCUGUGUGUAAGAGCCUGUAACGCCGAGGGCAUCUACCAGCAGAGAACACUGUGCCCUCGUGUUGUCAUGGGCCUACAGAGCGUGUGCUGUAGUGUUCACAAGCAGGAACUCUAAGAAAAGAGUCAUAGA